CUGCAGCCUAUCCAUUUAUUCCGGCAAACGAAAUUAUCAAUGAUACCUGUGCCAUCUGCCUGGACGAGUUUUCGGAGGGGGAGGAGAUCCGUACUUUGCCAUGUCACCACGAAUUCCACUGUGAAUGUAUUGACCCAUGGCUCACUUGUAAGAGCUCAACGUGUCCGCUGUGUAAGUACGAGUGCAUAGCCCCAACAUUAGAUAAUGCCAGCGAGGAUACGUCAUAUACAAGGAGACGAAGUACCAUAGUGCUGAAUGACCGAUUAAUAGGAUUUAUCAUGGGCCCUGAGUGGGCGGCCUCCAGGACUCGACAUGAUCAUAAUGAAAUAAGCAGAGCCGAUCGAAUCGGCAAUUUCAUUGGCAGAAUGCGUGGUCGUAUACGCGGGCGACCACUACGGCCUGAUCACGCAGCUACUCUUGCACAGCCAUCAUCAACUUUCUCCCCAACGACAGUACGGGUGGAUGAAAAUGGGGAUGUCCCACUCCAGCUAAUCACAGCUCAAGGGGUUGAACCAAUUACUUCAAGUUCACAGUCUCAUAAUAUAUCCACUCGGCUUCAUGAGUCCUCUAUGGCAGCAAAUAUUCCACCUUUACAUGAGGUACAGCUGCCUUCUUCAAGUAAUCAAAAUGCCGAACAGAGUCAAGGCCCACAACAUGCAUAAAGAUAUCAAGAAAACACAAGCUAUAAUUGUUGUUUGUAGAAAGCCUUUGUAUAAUAGAG